CACACACUGAAUGCCCGGAAAACUACUAAUAAUAUACUAACCAUUCAUUUGCUCACUAAUUGUCAUUAUAAUUAGCAUUAGUUUCCAUACGAUAUAUACUAACCAUUCAAUCGCCGGCUAAUUGUGUGGAUAAUAAACGGCACGAAAUUUUUGUACACCUUUUCGUAUGUCAUAUAUUUAGCCACAAAAAAGUUGUCAAUUAAUUACACCAUUGCUUGCCAUUUGUGUUGUGAUUAUCACCCCGAAGACUAUUACCACUGAUUUUUGUGAUAUACUAUUGUCGCCGGUGUUUGGGAGCGAGUCUUGAGCGGUGAUUAUCACCUCCGGAGACAAUGUUAACGCUUCACGAGGGGAGUGAAGACUCGGCGCAAACCACUGCCAGACAGACCACUCACGCGGAUAAUAAUGCCGUCAAUAACAAGAGCCGGUCCGAUACCAUCGAUUUGGCCGAUUCCUCGCUAGUGGUGGACAUAUCGGACGCACUCAGCGAAAGAGAUCGCGUGAAGUUCACCAUACAUACCAAGACAACGCUCGAAGAGUUCAAAUCGCAGGACUUCUCAGUGGUCCGACAGCACGAGGAGUUCAUAUGGCUUCACACGAGUCUCGUGGACAACGAACUGUACGCCGGGUUUAUCAUACCGCCGGCGCCUCCCAGACCCGACUUCGACGCCUCGCGCGAGAAGCUCCAGAAGCUGGGCGAAGGGGAGGGGACGAUGACUAAGGAGGAGUUCCAGAAGAUGAAACAGGAACUGGAGGCCGAAUACUUGGCCACAUUCAAGAAGACGGUGGCCAUGCAUGAGGUGUUCCUCCAGCGACUGGCCAUUCAUCCGAAGUUCAAAAACGAUCAAAAUUUUCGCAUAUUCUUGGAGUACGAGAGCGAAGUGAGUGUCGAGAUCUCUCUCUCGAGGGAUCUGAUUGUUAAGGCAUUCCUCUGGAGUUUGGGCGUCAGGGGUAAGAACAAGAAGGAGAGGAUCGCCGGUAUGUUCAGUAGUUUCAAGUCGUCCGCCGAUGACGUGCUGCUGUCGUCGACCAUGAAAGACGUGGAUGAGUUCUUCGAGAGGGAGCGGCUGUUCCUCAACGACUACUACGCGCACAUCAAAGACGCCACCAAUAAGUCUGACCGUAUGACCCGUUCCCACAAAAACGUGUCCGACACGUACAUCAAGAUGUCUUCGGCGCUGAUCCAGUUGGCGACCUUCGAUCAGACGGAUUUGGAGUCCUUUUACGGCAAAGUAGCCGAUUGUCUGGAGAAGGCGCGCAAGACUGAGGGCCGGGUAGCCUCGGAUGAGGACCUCAAACUGUCCGAUUUGCUCCGGUAUUACAUGCGCGACACGUCCGCCGCUAAGGAACUACUAUACCGACGGCUCCGGUGUUUAGCGAACUACGAGAACGCCAAUAGGAAUCUCGAGAGGGCCCGCUCCAGGAAUAAGGAGGUGCCGGCGGCCGAACAGACACAGACCGAGUCGUGCGAUAAGUUCGAGAACAUCUCCAAACUCGCCAAACAAGAAUUGACUGAUUUUAAGACCCGAAGAGUGGCGGCGUUUCGCAAGAAUUUGGUCGAAUUGGCGGAACUGGAGCUCAAACAUUCCCGGGCUGAGGUCCAACUGCUGAAGACGUGUUUGUCGUCACUGAAGGCCGAAGUGGACGUCGAAUAACUGAAUCGGAAAUUGAUUUUUU